CGCGAUACACCGCCGACCGGGUUGCUCUUCCACAGUAUGUUCGGCGACAACAGCGACGACGGGAAUGCGGACCACAUCGCUGGUUAGAAUUGUCUGUCAUAACCAUUUAACACCAAGUGCGUCGUCUAUCAAUGCUAUUAAAAUUCAAAUAUUUAAGGUCAUUCUUUACUCAUACCAGGCGACACUUUAACAAAAUGAACAUUAACAUUUGAAUCAGUUUAACUUGAUUUUGUCAUUUCUAGAAUACUUAUAGCGUAUCUUAUCAGCAUAGGUUAUGACCUUAUUAUAAACAUCCGAGAGAACUGACAGACACUACAAUAAUAAAUAAGUUAUAGGAACGUCAUGUGGUUCUAUGUUAUUUUGUUAACUUUAUUAAAUUCAUAUAUUUGCAUUGAGAAUGAAACCGACGAGGUUAUUUUAUAUUAUUAUGGCUUGGAAGAGAGCGAGAGGAGUCUCCCGUUUUGCGAGCCUCGACAGGCGUGCUCGGCUUUGAUCCCGCGCUACUGGCGUGCGAGCGCGCUCGUGAGGCUUUGUCGCUGCGCACGCCGCCUGCGGUGCGACUCUCCCGCAAAACAUAACAGACGGAUUGCAAUCAACAACCGAGCUUAUCUACAGUUUUGCCAACCGGUAACAAGCUGGCCACAGUGCUCCAACAACGCAAAAGCCCUUACUGUGAUGACAACACACGAACGUAUGAACCCUGACGAAUUAGAAGAAUUACAUCACAGGAAUAUACACCUAGAACCACCGAAAAUCAUAUUUUCUUGUCGCUGUCCUGAACCAAACUAUUGGAAACUGCAUUCUAACUAUGAUAAUGAAUACAUUUUUCAGUGUUCUUCUUUACCAUUAUGCAUGACCGAUGAACAAUGCGGACAUGUAAAUCUCAAUCUUUAUACAUUAUAUCAGUCAUGUCUAUGUCCUAAAGGACACAUUUGCAUUCAUGAAGGCGGAAUAGCUUACACACAGAUAACAGAAUUAUUAUACAUAGGAAAGGGAUGGAAGGCUCACUGUACACAAAUAGCAAAUGAUUCUAGUUAUGAAGACUAUUAA